AAACAAGUUUAGAUUUAAAUGAUAAUAUUUUUAUUGACAAUUUAGAAAAAUUUCCUGAUGAAGAUGAUGAUAAAAAUUUAUUAUUAGAACCUAAUGAAAGUUUAGAAAAUAUUAAUGAAAAUGAUAGCCAAAUUUUAGGACAAGAUGAUUAUAAUUAG